AUGCGCACAUUGUCCAAAGUUCGUGUCUCUCCAUGCACGAUAAGAAGGGUGCUGCAUGGUGCAGGACUUGUCAACGGAGCGAAGGUCAAAAAAGCCCUCUUGAAAGAGACACACAAAGAGCGACGCUUGGCCUUUGCACUCGCUCAUCAGCAUUGGACCGUCGAUGACUGGCUGAGGGUCGUCUUCUCCGACGAGACUGCUCUCUAUCUCUACAGGAACAACAACGGUGGUCGUGUAUGGCGUCUGGUUGGCGAAACGUUGACCGAUCGAUGCGUGCAGGGCACGGUCAAGUUCGGCGGUGGCCAUAUCAAUGUUUGGGGCGCCAUCUCUCGUUUCGGAAUUUCGCUUUUCUGCGAGGUCGGCGACGUCAUGAACGGCGACACCUACCUCUCAGUUUUGGAGAGCGAGUUGCUAGCAAGCAUUCGCGUGUGGAACAACAAAAACGAGAUGAUUUUCAUGCAUGACAAUGCCCCUUGUCACAAAAGAAAAGAUGUGGCGAAGUGGUUCGAAACCAAUCAGAUCACCGUCCUGGACUGGCCUGCGAACUCUCCCGACCUCAACCCCAUCGAAAAUGCGUGGAACAUGGUCAAGAACAAGAUCUACCAGGAGAGGGAGAUCAAGAGCAAGGCCGCGUUGUGGGAACGCUUCCAAGCGGUCUACGAAGAAGUGCUCACGCCAGAGGUCUGCCGCGAUCUCAUUUCAUCGAUGCCGCGCCGCAUUCAAGCUGUGAUAGAUGCCAAUGGUGGUUAUACCAAGUACUGA